AUGUCGAUGGGAACUAAAUAUUUUUCUAACUGUACCCCGAAACCCUCUCAACGAGGAUCUUGGACUUUAGCAGAUUCCUACGAUUUUAUAAUACUUUUUCUUAGCCAGUACCAUACUAGUUUAAUAAACUCGACUUAUGCAACAAAACCUCAUACACCUUCAGUCUUUCAAUCUUCAUAUUCACGCCCACAAUUAUUAAGGUCGAGACAAAGAGUGCUUACACGCUCUCCAUUGCGUCGCUUCCACAAUUAUUUUGUCACUAAUUUACCUUCAUCCUCUCUUCAUCCAGAUUUGCACUCACCAAUCACUGCGCAUCAUAAGUUACCUCGAUCAGAAUGUGUUCCUCACCAACCCGGAACCAAUGCCCCUCAACCAGCGUCACUAAAUCUGACGGGUCAUACCCGCGAGCUUACCGUAGUGAGGAUACCGCUCCAGUCUGCAAAGCAUCAUUUUGGCGUCUCGCAAUCUCGUGGCACACGCCCUCACAAUGAAGAUACAUAUCAAGCAGGCACCCUCGAAAUUCCUGCAUUUGCUAAAAGAGCGCCCAUAAGCCUAAGCCGUGGAUCCAGAUCGAUGAAUGGGGCAGAUAGUGCAAGUGGUGACCCGCAAGUGUUCUAUUUUGGUGUCUUUGAUGGUCAUGGUGGUAGUGAGUGUAGCGAAUUUCUCAAAAAGAGGCUACAUGACUAUGUGGAAUGCAUUGCCUUGCGAUACAGGAUGGUUAGUAGUCUACAAGUAAAUCCCAAAAAUUGGAGUCAGCUUGAUAGUUUGAGUCCUAUGCACACCCAAGAUAAGAGGAUUGGUCAUUUUGAAAAGCUAGAUAAAGUACCGCCAGAUGUCAAGUCUCAUUUUUCGACUUCUAUAAAUACUUGUCGCCUCAAAAAUUUAUACACAAGUUCAGCUGAUAGUACUGAAGAAUCUGUCAAUUUAAUUUCAAAUGAAGAAAGCAUUAAUGAGCUUGAAAGAUCGCUCGUUCAACAGUGGAAGGAGAUGGUAGGAGGUUAUUUUCGUCGUUUUAGACCGGAGUAUUUCACACUACCACCUGACACACCGACGUCAAUUGAGUCAAUAUUAAUGUAUGCUUUCCUUAAAGCUGAUCUGGAUUUUAUCUCUGCUCAGGUCCAUAAACCCACAAGGCCUGAACGCCCUUCACCACUUAAGUCAUUGGAUAAUAAAGCUAGCAAAUAUUCUGUCAAAAUGGAGCCGUCGCCGAACUGUAUUGGUGGCCCAACUCGUUUUAUAGGCGGCUCUACAGCAUCAAUCGCCAUGAUUUCUACGCCUACCCCUAUGCCAUUCUGGCACCCAGCAAGUCCAUCUACCAUGGUAGUGGCACACGUUGGAGAUACUCGCAUAAUCCUUUGUAAUACCGCAACGGGGCUAGCCAAGCCCUGCACUACUAAUCAUCACCCGUCCUCACCUGGAGAGUCUAAUAGGUUACGCAGAUAUGCUACCAGCUUCAUCACAGACUCUUUCGGCGAAGAGCGCAUGUCAGGUCUUGCGAAUACCCGCGCGUUUGGCGAUAUGAAUUCCAAACGUGUUGGUGUCAGCGCUGAGCCUGAAAUAAUACGUAUUGAGCUUGCCCCGGCCGAGUAUUCUAUGCUCAUACUUAUCAGCGAUGGAGUUAGCGGGUCACUUAGCGACCAGGAAAUCGUAGACAUUGUAAAAGAGGCCAAAACACCGGAGCAAGGAGCACGUGACGUUGUGAGCUUCGCAACUGAGGUCUCACGUAAUGGCGAUAAUGCUACAUGUCUCGUGGUCAGGCUUGGUGGAUGGGAGCGAAGGGGUGAGGGUGGUGUAGGAAGCUUAGGAACUAAGGAGGGUAGAGAUUGGCGCAGAGGUGAUGCUGUGGAUUUAAGGAAAAGAGAUAUUCUUCGGUAG